AAACGUUUACAGAGCAAAUUAACAUGGCUUGCCUAAGGCAAGAGUGGGGGCGGCCCGUGGCUCGACGGCCUCCUGGACCUGCUGCUGGGGCUGCACCACGAGCUCAGCAGCGCCCCCCUGCGGCGGGAGCGCCACGUCGCGCAGUUCCUGAGCUGGGCCAGUCCCUUCGUAACAAAGGUAAAAGAGCUGCGGCUGCAGAGAGAUGACUUUGAGAUCUUGAAGGUGAUCGGCCGAGGGGCCUUCGGGGAGGUCGCCGUGGUGAGGCAGAGGGACACUGGGCAGAUUUUUGCCAUGAAAAUGCUGCACAAGUGGGAGAUGCUGAAGAGGGCCGAGACGGCCUGUUUCCGGGAGGAGCGAGAUGUCCUGGUGAAGGGGGACAGCCGCUGGGUGACCACUCUGCACUACGCCUUCCAGGACGAGGAGUACCUGUACCUAGUGAUGGACUACUAUGCUGGGGGGGACCUCCUCACGCUGCUGAGCCGCUUCGAAGACCGCCUCCCGCCCGAGCUGGCCCAGUUCUACCUGGCCGAGAUGGUGCUGGCCAUCCACUCACUGCACCAGCUGGGCUAUGUCCACAGGGAUGUCAAGCCAGACAAUGUCCUCCUGGACAUGAACGGGCACAUCCGCCUGGCUGACUUUGGUUCCUGCCUGCGUCUCAACAACAGCGGCAUGGUGGACUCCUCAGUGGCUGUAGGGACGCCGGACUACAUCUCCCCUGAGAUCCUGCAGGCCAUGGAGGAGGGCAAGGGCCACUAUGGCCCGCAGUGCGACUGGUGGUCGCUGGGAGUCUGUGCCUAUGAGCUACUCUUUGGGGAGACGCCCUUCUACGCUGAGUCCCUGGUGGAAACUUACGGCAAGAUCAUGAACCACGAGGACCACCUGCAGUUCCCCCCGGAUGUGCCUGACGUACCAGCCAGCGCCCGAGACCUGAUCCGCCAGCUGCUGUGCCGCCAGGAGGAACGUCUGGGAUGCGGCGGGCUGGACGACUUCCGGAACCACCCCUUCUUCGAAGGUGUGGACUGGGAGCGGCUGGCGACCAGCACUGCCCCCUACAUCCCUGAGCUCCGCGGGCCUGUGGACACCUCCAACUUCGACGUGGAUGACGACACCCUCAACCACCCAGACACCCUGCCGCCACCCUCCCACGGGGCCUUCUCAGGUCACCACCUGCCAUUUGUGGGCUUCACCUAUACCUUGACCAGUCCUGGUCCUGAGGGUGGCUCCGAGCGGCUGGCUGCCCUGGAGUGGAAGCUCACAUGUCUGGAGGAAGAGAAGGCAGAGCUCAGCCAGAAGCUCUAUGAGGUCCGGCUGAGCCCCUCAGAUCAUCAGGAGCUGGAGCAGCUACGGAAGGAAGUGCAGACCCUACAAGAGAGGCUGUCAGAGACACCAAGGGACAGCAAGGCCCCGUCGUCCCUGAAGGAUGGGCCCCCUGCUAGCAACCUAGGCCAGGUCAGUGAUCUACGAUGCGAGAGAGACCAGCUCCGCCAGGAGCUGGCUGAGGCUAAGACAGGGCUUCGGGCGCUGGAGCAGGAGCUGUGCCGAGCCCAGGGGCAGCAGGAGGAGCUACUCCGGAGGCUACAGGAAGCCCAGGAGAGAGUGGUGGCCAUGGCCAGCCAGACCCAGGCCCUGAGCUCCCAGCUGGAGGAAGCCCGGGAUGUCCGGAGUGAGCUGGAGGCCCAGGUGGCCACCCUGAGCCGGGAGGUGACUCGGCUGCAGAGACAGCGGGAGCAGAGCCUUGAGGAGUCGACCCCAGUCAAGACCAUCCACACAGCCUCUGAGACCAACGGCACGGGACCACCUGGGGCCGGGCUGCAGGAGGCCCAGAUGCAAAAGGAGAUGGCUGCCCUGCGGGUGCAGCUGGACCAGGCCCGCAGUCUCAGGCCGAGUGGGAAGGAGGAGACCCUGUGCCGGCUGCAGGAGGAGAACCAGCGGCUGAGCCGGGAGCAGGAGCGGCUGGCAAAAGAGCUGGAGCGGGAGCAGCAGAGUAAGCAGCGGCUGGAGGAGGAGCGGCGGGAGACGGAGAGCAACUGGGAGGCCCAGAUCGCCGACAUCCUCAGCUGGGUGAACGAUGAGAAGGUCUCGAGAGGCUACCUGCAAACCCUGGCCACCAAGAUGGCCGAGGAGCUGGAGUCCUUGCGGAAUGUGGGCACCCAGACGCUCCCUGCCCGGCCGCUGGACCACCAGUGGAAGGCGCGGCGGCUGCAGAAGAUGGAGGCCUCGGCCCGGCUGGAGCUGCAGUCAGCACUGGAGGCCGAGAUCCGCGCCAAGCAGGGCCUGCAGGAGCGGCUGACGCAGGUGCAGGAAGCCCAGCUGCAGGCCAAGAGCCGUCUGCAGGAGGCUGAGAAGCAGAACCAGAGCCUGCAGCAGGAGCUGGCUGUGCUGCGCAAGGAGCUGCAGGCCCGCGGGCCAGGGGACACCAAGUCACAGAACUCCCUGUUUCCCUUCCUGUUCUGGAGCUCAGAGAAGGACUCCACCAAGGACUCUGGUGUCUUGGGAGAGGCUCCAAAGUCAGGGCCAGAGCCAGAGCUGAGGCCAGAGGGCCGCCGCAGCCUGCGCAUGGGGGCUGUGUUCUCCAGGACACCUGCUGCCACCACAGCCCCUGCAGACAGUCCUGCUAAGCCCAGCUCACACAUGCUGCGUCCCCGGACCUUCCCCUCCCCCACCAAGUGUCUCCGCUGCACCUCGCUGAUGCUAGGCCUGGGACGCCAGGGCCUUAGCUGCGACGUCUGCGGCUACUUCUGCCACUCGACGUGUGCCCCGCAGGCCCCCCUCUGCCCCAUGCCCCCUGACCUCCUCCGCACAGCCCUGGGAGUGCACCCUGAGACAGGCAUGGGCACCGCCUAUGAAGGCUUCCUGUCGGUGCCCCGGCCCUCGGGCGUCCGACGCGGCUGGCAGCGGGUCUUUGCUGCUCUUAGUGACUUGCGCCUGCUGCUGUUCGACGCCCCUGACCCACGGCUAAGCCCGGCCAGCGGGGCCUUCCUGCAGGCACUGGAUCUGAGGGACCCCCAGUUCUCGGCCGCCCCGGUCCUGGCCUCUGAUGUUAUCCACGCCCAGUCUAGGGACCUGCCACGCAUCUUUAGGGUGACAGCCUCCCAGCUGGCGGUGCCACCCACCACAUGCAAUGUGCUGCUGCUGGCGGAGAGCGAGGGUGAGCGGGAGCGCUGGCUGCAGGUGCUGGGUGAGCUACAGCGGCUGCUACAGGACAUGCGGCUGCGGCCCUGGCCCGUGUACACCCUCAAGGAGGCCUACGACAACGGGCUGCCACUGCUGCCCCACGCACUCUGCGCUGCCAUCAUCGACCAGGAACGGCUUGCUCUGGGCACUGAGGAGGGGCUGUUUGUGAUCCACCUACACAGCAACGACAUCUUCCAGGUGGGUGAGUGCCGGCGGGUGCAGCGGCUAGCCGUGAGCCCCACUGUGGGCCUGCUGGCAGUACUGUGUGGCCGCGGCCCCAACGUACGCCUCUUUGCCCUGGCCGAGCUGGAGAAUGCAGAAGCCACGGGUGCCAAGAUCUCUGAGUCGCGAGGCUGCCAGGUGCUGGCAGCUGGGCGCAUCCUGCAGGCCCGCACCCCUGUGCUCUGCAUAGCUGUCAAGCGCCAGGUGCUCUGCUAUCAGCUGGGGCCCGGCCCAGGGCCCUGGCAGCACCGAAUCCGGGAGCUGCAGGCGCCUGCACCUGUGCAGAGCCUGGGGCUGCUGGGCGACCGGCUGUGCGUGGGCGCGGCCGGGGCCUUCACCCUCUACCCACUGCUCAACGAGGCUGCACCCUUAGCACUGGGGGCCGGGCUGGUGCCUGAGGAGCUGCCACUGUCCCGCGGGGGCCUGGGCGAGGCGCUGGGUGCCGUGGAGCUCAGCCUCAGUGAGUUCCUGCUGCUCUUCACCACUGCUGGUGUCUACGUGGAUAGUGCUGGCCGCAAGUCUCGAGGCCACGAGCUGCUGUGGCCAGCAGCCCCCACGGACUGGGGUUAUGCAGCCCCCUACCUGACAGUGUUCAGUGAGAACUCCAUUGAUGUGUUUGACGUCAGGAGAGCAGAAUGGGUCCAGACCAUGCCGCUCAAGAAGGUGCGACCCCUGAACCCAGAGGGCUCCCUGUUCCUCUAUGGCACCGAGAAGGUCCGCCUGACCUACCUCAGGAACCGGCUGGCAGAGAAAGACGAGUUCGACAUCCCCGACCUCACCGACAACAGCCGGCGCCAGCUGUUCCGUACCAAGAGCAAGCGCCGCUUCUUUUUCCGCGUGUCGGAGGGGCAGCGGCAGCAGCAGCGCAGGGAAAUGCUGAAGGACCCUUUCGUGCGUUCCAAGCUCAUCUCACCGCCGACCAACUUCAACCACCUGGUGCAUGUGGGCCCUACAGACGGGAGGCCCAGUGCCAGGGACCUGCCCCGGGCUCCGGAAGAGAAGGGCCAAGGUGCCCACAGCUCCGGCCCGCAGCGGCCCCACGGCUUCUCAGAGGGCUCUCGGCGCCCGGCCUCCAUGGGCAGCGAUGCCCUCGCUGGAGAUGUGGACCCCAUGAAGAGGAAACCUCGGACAUCUCUGUCCAGCGAAUCUGUGUCCUGCCCCCAGGGAUCGCUGAGCCCUGCAGCCUCCCUAAUGCCGGUCUCAGAGCGGCCCCGGAGCCUCCCUCCAGCCCCUGAUUCAGAGGGCUCCCCUUGACGCCCUCUGGCAGGGCCCACCCUAAUCCCAGGACAGAGAGACGUGUGGGAGCCAAGAGCUCGAGGAAUGCCAUACUCCGGCCGGUCCGGGCAUGUGGAAAUUCGAACUCAGGGAAGGCCUGGGCUGGGCAGCGGCAGGAGACUUGCCUGGGUUCCCAUGACUCGGGAACAAGCCCUGAUCUCGCCUUUCCCCUCUGGUCCCAGCCUGUGCUGGUCACUAGGAAUAGGACAGCCUUCUCUGUCCUGGGACCCCUUGGCCCUGGUCUCCAGGGGUGACUGUGCCAAAGCUCUCAUUUCCAGUGCCAAGCCCCAGAGGCAGGGGGAGGGAGGGAGAAGGCCCCGGGCCCCGGAGCAGGUCUGGGGCCCUGUCUGCUGCCAUCAGGCCCCUCCCUAAGGCCAGAAUGGGGCAGGUCUGGGUCUCUGCUCAGGGUCAAGGUGGGAAAGACAGGUGCUGGUCCAGAAGAAAGGAGGCUAGAGAGGAGGGGGCGGGAUGUAGGUGAAGCAGGUGAGAGAGAGGCAGGGGUGUGGGAAGGAGGUGGAAGAGGAGGUAGAGAGGAGAGAUUGGAAGGGGAUGGAAGAGCCAGAGGAGAGAGGGAUAAAGUAGGUGAUGAAGAAGAGGAGAGAGGUGGAGGGGGAGGUUCUGGGAGGAAGACAGGGCAACAGGUCCUUUUUCUCUGGGGAGGAAUUUGGUGAGCUUGGGACCAGGGAAGGCGGCUCCAUGAGCAGAACUGACAUUGUCGUCUAAUCCGCCCAAGGUGAAGAUAAUUCCUAGGCAGGGAUGGGAUGGGAUAAGAUGGGGGGUAUUUAUAAGGUUCCUUGGUAGGGAGGAGGGCAUGCUCUGGCCUUCCCAGAAAGGGGCAACCUUUUUCUCAAAGCUUCAACCAACUGUGUAUUAGGGGAUCAUAUGGGGGUAUUUUAUUAUUGAGCACAGUCAUUAUUAUUAUUAUUAUAUUACUGUUUUUAUUAAACCUCCCCCUACUGAUGUGUGUGGGGCAAAAUAAGUAUUUAUCUUCUCAAAUGCCACAUUCCCGGACAGGAUUGACCCGAUGCUCCAGGAGGCAGCAGGAAACCAAUAAAGACAGCUUU